GACUUUUUCGUGUUUGUUGAUAUAUCCUCACUAACUAGGCAAUUGAAAACCGCAAAUUCAGGUGUUUUAAGUUGGAAAUUGUUUCUUGAAUUAAUGAAUAUUGGUAGCAAGGGACAGUCUACCGGGUCAAUAUUUGAGACUCUAUUCUGAUUUCAUCUGGAAAAUGACUGCGACAGUGACUGUGAGCAUAUCUCUGGUGAGUGCGGUGACGGUAAGAUGAGGUGAGGUCCGCCAUUGUUCAAAACUACAUGUGAUAUGAGACACCGGGAAAGUUUACGAUAAGUAGUUAGAAAGUCAAAAAAUGCUUUUUUAAAGGUCUUAGAAGAGAGUACUGAAUUCCCUUAAAAUAUUUCACAGUUCAAACGUAGCAAUCAUUGAUUUGUUAGACAGUUCACUCCGUCAUUCAUUUUGUCCAACUUGAUCAUAUUGAAGUUUGAAACAAAAAGCUUUCAAAAUGCGCGGUUGGGGAAGUCUUCGUGAAGUAGCCAAAUAUCCACUAAUUUGGCCAAUCUACGCUCUCUGUAUCGGUGACCUGUGCUGGCUGACCUUCCAUGUUACUCGCGCUGCUCUGUACAAUCCGGAUGUAGUUUGGGACCACAAGAACAAUCCAGAACCCUGGCAGGAUCAUCGUGAUAAACGUUAUCGAAUUUGGGCCGGAACCUAUGACUAUUCCAAGCGUCCUUGUUUGGCUCCAAUCAUAAAGGAUGGACAAGUAAUUCCGGCUGAUAAAGGUAAAAAUUAAACAAUUGUUCGGACCAUUUGAAGUCAAGCAGAAGAUAUACAUU